AUGGCAGCAGAAAGGGAAGCCUUGAUGGAGAUGGCAUAUCCAGAAGUGCAAGUCUUCUGCCAAAAGCAUGGCUUGAUGCUUGAGGUUAUUGAUUUAAGAUGGGGCACCUUUGAUCACAUGGGGAGCCGCCGUAUGUCUACCCAACUCUUUUUAGAAGAAAUCAAACGCUGCCAGAAACUUUCAGUGAAUUCCAGCUUCGUUGCACUGCUUGGAAACGAUUACGGCCGCUGCCCCACUCCUCUGACCAUUGUGGAACUGGAAUUUGAGGCCAUUAGAGCACAACUUCGAGAAGAGCCCAAGACCUCGCAGCUUCUGGCCCAAAGGUACUUGAAGGAUGAGAAUGCCAUCCCUCCCGUCUAUGUUCUGCAGCAAUCAUCUCAGGCAGACCCAGAUGGCAUGGAGGAAGACUUGCUCUUGAUCCUGCGUAGGGCUGCCUGCCAAGCAGAAAAGCAUGGGCUCAUCAGCCAGGAGCAAUUGCAGAAUUACCACAAGUCAGACAUAUACCAGGAAAUUGAGGCCGGCCUCUUCAGAUCAGGUGAAUGUGAUGGCCAAAGUACCAUGGUAUUCUUCACAGAAGUGGACACGCCCACAUCAGAUAGAGUGGACACACUACUGGAUGAAGUUGGAGAUGAGCUGCACCCUGAAGAACUACAACAGUUAGCAGAUCUGAAGGCAAACAUCUUACGCAGGUAUCCUGAGCUGAGUAAAGUUCAUAGGAUUCCACAUGAGGUAGAACCCAGGUCUUUCCGGCAGAAGCCCUGGCCCAAGUAUUUGAAGGAUUUCUGUGAACAAUUUAUUGCUGCCACCAACCAUCAUGUGCUCAGGAGCUUGACAGCCCAAGAACAAAAUCUUGGGAAGCCACCUGAGCUGAUUCAGGAGCUCACUCAUCACAAGGCCCUUGGUCAAAAACACACCCAGACUUUCUGCUGGCAGCAGGACUUGCUGGGUCGCAUUUGCCAGCGCAUUAAACAGAACCACCAUCAAGCCCAUUCCCCACUUGUCAUCUAUGGACCCUCAGGAUGUGGCAAAACAGCCCUGUUGUCCCACUUAGGUGAAGCCAUACGAACCACCCUGGAUCAGGAAAUGGUGGUGAUACUUCGUUUGCUGGGAACGUCACAAGAUAGUUCCACACGGAACAGCCUUCUCCACAGCCUCUGCCAACAAGUUUGUGUAGCCAUGGGCUUCCCUUACACCAAGCCAGUUGGCAAUCCAGUCCUGCUCUUCCACCGCCUGCUUUCUUCAGCUUCUUGCCAGGGCACACGGUCCCUCGUUCUACUCCUUGAUUCAAUGGAGCAGUUACACACACCUAGAAAUGCUCACAGAGCUUUCUGGUUGCCAAAAAUCUGUCCUCCAAAGACACACAUGAUUCUUACUGUGCUGCAGAAGGAAAGUGAAGUUCUACAGAAGAUGACUGGUUCUCCGGAAGAUUAUUUUGAGGUGGCGCCUCUUUCUCAAGAGCAAGUGGGGGUGAUUCUCUCCAAAACUUUGGCAUCCGCAGGGCGCACAUUGAGGCCCGCCCAGCAGGAGUUGUUCCUGCAAAGCUUUGCAAAGGGUGGUUAUGCUCUGCCUGUGGCCUUGGCCAUAAGACAAGCCCAGCGUUGGACUUCAUAUGUUCUACAUGCAGCACCAGCCAUAUCAUCUAUAGUCUCGGAGUUUGCGCAUCGCUUGUGUGACCGCCUGGAGGCAGUGCAUGGCCCUGUCUUAGUAGCACAUGUACUUGGCUAUCUUGCCUGUGCCCGACAUGGCCUCUCAGAAGCAGAACAAAAAGAUAUCUUGUCCCUUGACAAUGAGGUACUCGCUGAGAUUUAUCGGCUUCAUCCUCCUCCAAGCAAGGUGACCCUCCGCUUUCCACCCCUGCUAUGGGCCCAGUUAUACCAGGACCUGGCUGAGUGGCUGGAGGACCGGUGGGCAGAUGGCUUUGUGCUGAUGGGUUUUGCCCACAGGGAGUUGGCUGAUGCUGUGGAGCAACGCUACCUGUCAGUGCCAGAGGAAAGGAUCAAGCAUCACCUGCUCCUGGCAGAUUACUUCAGGGGAACAUGGAGCUGGGGCAUGAAGAAGCCCAUCCAGCUGCCAUCCUCCAACAAGCCUGUGAGCUUUGAUAGGAAGGUGAUUCCUCAGCCUCUUUGGUUCUCCAGCACCCUUGCAAACCAGAGGAAAUUGAGCGAGCUGCCUUUCCAUUUGCUGCAGGCAGGUCUGUUUGAGGAGCUGCAAAGAGAUAUUUUGGGGAACAUGUACUGGAUCAUCUGCAGAGUGACUUCCACUGGCAUAGAGAGCUUGACUGCUGAUUUUGCCAUGUGCCUUGCCCAGAUCAACUGCCCAGAACUGCAUCUCCUGCAAGAGACUUUCCUGCUUCUGCAGCCCCUUGUGGAUAGCACACAGAUCCAUGGAGAAGUGAGUAUGAUCUACAUGGAGAUAUUGGCACAGCUGUUUUUCCUCAGACGAUCCUACCGUAAGAUCAUAGGGAAUGUGUGUGAGCAGUGUGAGAGCUGGUUUGGUGCUUGGCCCCAUCCUGUCCUCAUCCCUCGCUCUGGAUUUUUCCAUCCACCUGGAGGACCUCUGUGCAAAACAUUACCUGGAUUCCCUAAAGGCACUUCAGUGCUGGAAUUCAACCUUGACCAAAAGUUGCUUCUGGCUGGUUCUCUGGAUGGAUCUAUGAUCGUAUGGGACAUGGAAGAUUUUACUGUGCAACAGGUCCUAACAGGACAUUCUGCUGAAGUAAAAUGUGUGAAAUUAUUUGGGAAGGGUUCCCGUGCUGCUUCGGUGGCCAUGGAUCGGACACUACGCUUGUGGUGUCUGGAUUCUGGCAGGGAAGAGUUCUCUAUCCACAAUGUUCACCCUGGAGAGCUGCGAUGUUGCCAGCUGCACGUAGAUGAAAAGAACCAGAUGAUAUACUGGGCAUCAGGUUUGGAGGUCAGCGCUUGGCAUCUGGAGACAGCUGUACCCAUUUUCCAGAUCUCUGCUGAGCCUCCAGGCCAAUGGCUCUGUGGAACUGUGUUUGUACCAAGGCUGGUGAUUGUGACUGUAUCUGAACGGGGUGUCUUCAGCCUGUGGGACAGCAUCAGCGGACAGCUACACUCCAAGCAAGAACUGACAGGGCUGGGAGAAGAGACACCAACGUGCAAUAUAUUGCUCCAAACGCUGGGCAGGAUGGUGGCCGGCUUCAGCAAGGGUUCUCUCUUGAUGAUCUCUUCUGAUGGGCACAGCCUGCUGGAAAAGCUCCCAGAAAGUAUCAGCUUUGUGGUGCUUUCAAAAGACGAAUCUCUCCUGGCAACAGGUUUUGGGCACCGUGUAAGAGUUUUCCUGGGCAAUGUGACAGGAUUCCGCCAACUCCUGGCCUCAGAUUUGCUGCAUUCUGCUGAGGUUUGUGCAGCUGCUAUUUCGGCAGACAAUACCACCAUCGUCACAAGUUCCCAGGAUGAAUGCAUAUGGGUCUGGUGUCUAGCCAAAGAGGGUUUGCUGACAGAUGUUUUGGCUGAUACAGGGAUGCCUUCUACCCACCUGGCUCUCUGGGAUGUUACCCUGGUGUCAGCCUCUUGCCACGCAUCUUAUCUCAGAGUCUGGGACCUCAGCUGUUAUCGCAAGCACAAACUACUCCCACCUUGUAUGGCAAACAAGAGCUGCAUCAGGCUUUCCCACAAUGCCAAAUACAUUUAUUUUCCCCAAGCUUAUUAUAGCUCUAGUGUUGUCAUUUGGGAUACAGAGGCAGGAAAGGAGCAAGAUAAAUUGGAUGCAUCGGCUCCAGUCCAGUGUCUGGAAGUGGCUGAGCGGAAGAAUCUUCUCUUUGUGGGACUGGUUUCUGGAACGGUGCUGGUGUUUCCCUUGGAUUCCAGGCAAGAUGUUGGUUGCAUCCCUCCAGCAGAGAACCAAAAACCUAUUUGUAACUUGGCGCUCACUCAGAAUGAAGAUCAGCUGGCAGUUGCCUGUGAUGAUCUUGUGCAGGUUCUGGAUCUGCAUCAGGAAGAAAUGGGUCCCUCAAUUGACCGGCCGGCUUACACCUUUUACACACAGAUCCCUGGUGCAACAAUUUCUAACGUGGCUCUUCUGUCUGGAUACCGGGUGCUCUAUGGAAUGACUAAUGGGGAGCUCUUCAUGUACUACUGCUUGGAGGCCCAUGUGUUCCCUCUAGAAGCUCAUGGGAACUGCGUCACCUGCCUGACGACCAGCCAUGGAGAGAAAUGGCUGCUGAGUGGUUCAGAAGAUUCGCUGCUGUGUCUCUGGGAUGUUCAGCUCCGCUCCUGGGAGCACCAGAUGUUUUUCCAGAAGGAAGAAUCCUUUUCCCGUGGCAUUUUCUGUGCAUGUUUUUCAAAGGAUGACCAGUACCUGUUCAUCAGCAAUUCGGAUCAGUGUGUUACAGUGUGGGAUGUCUCACGGGGGGCCCUCUUAGCAGUUCAGUUUGUGCAUUCAAAAAUUACCAGGAUGGUGUCAACAGCUGAAGGCUUUGUUGCAACAACACAAGUUGGCUACCUCAUGCGGGAGAGAUUCCGCUGCCCGCAGGCCAUCAACUUUUGCCAUGAUAUGCUCAGCAGUAUUAAAGCGACAUACACAGUGAAAUCUCGCCUGAAAGAAAACCAGGAUCCAGGAGAAAUUCGGAGCAAACUAAGGAAUGCUCAGAGAUGUACAAACAAGCUAUCACAAAUUUGUAGGAUUGUGUGAAGUAACGACAAAGAGUGACAAAGAAUAAUUCGAAUACUCUACCUUGUCAUCCACAAGUGAACUUCACUUGGUUGUUUCCUCACUUCCUUAGAUUAUUUAUUAUUCUGCCUUUACUAUUGUUUAUAAAUAACUCAAGGCAGCAAACCUACCUAAUAUUCCUCCCUCCCCACAAAACAACCCUGUGAGAUGGGUUGGGCUGAGACUGGCUCAAAGUCACCCAGCCUAUCUUUCAUGUUUAAGGCGGGACUAGAACUCACGUCCACACUGCUUCUUCUUAUUUCCUUAUUAUGACUGAACCUUGAGAAAAGAAUGACUACCUAGCGUAUGAGACAACAAUUUUUUAACAGUGGAAGGCUGCACUUCACAUUUGGGGGAUCUUACAUAAUGGAAAGUGAUAGGCUAUUUCUUCUUAUUUUUCCUGCUGGGAUUUGAAAAUAUUGUAUGAGUUUAAUAAGGACAUCCCCACAAUGGAGGAAUGGAUUAUGACAAUGUCAGAAUUCUCAAAAAUGGCAAAACUGUCCUGCUUUGUCAGAGAAAAAACAACAAAACCUUUUUUUGAAAGCCUGGAAACCUUAUAUGGGCUUUUUGCUAAAAGUAGAAAUAAAUGACACGAUGAUUUAUGGAUUUCAAGAUUUAAGAAAGAUGUAGAUUAAAAGAAAGACUUAUAUAAUAACUAAAAUGGAGGAGGGGUAAUAAAUUGUAAUUAUCUAUUGAAGGUUAGAAGUCAUUUUGAGUUCCUUUUUUGCACUUUUUUGUUUCUUUUUAUUCUAUGGGGAAAAAUCAUAAUAUAAAGAAGUAUGAGUUUAUAGGAUUUGUUUUUUUCUUAGCAAGCCUAUUUUAAGUUUUCAUUACAAAUGUUUUCGGCUCCUUAUCCCAAAACAGUAGGAAACAGUUUUAUUGGUUUUCAGCAAUGGUAGAUGGCCAUCCCAGGUGCUGCAGGAAAGAUUAGGGCUGGUUGGUUCUCUGUAUUCCAGGCUGCCUAAUUCUAUCCAUGUUGGACAUUCAUGCUCUGAUCAUUCCUUUCUUAAGGCAGGUAGCUGAAUGUUUGAAGACUCAUCAGGAUUAUAUGUGUACAAAAUUAUUUCAUAACCAUUGGAUUUUUUUAAAAUAAAUGACGUCUUCUAAUUAAGGGAAAUGAUGGAGUUCAAGAGCAGUUUACAAAUGAAAAUGUUGCAGAACUCAAAAUGAGUUUAAAAU